AUGAAUGUUUACGAUGAUGUGCUAGAACCUACUGUGGUGUCACACAGUGUCACUGGUAAUUUCACCACAGAUUUGCAUAAAGAGUUAAUCACCGUGAGGACGAAUAUUUUAUCGAUUUAUGAAGUGUCUGCUGAUGGUUUGCUGUUUUUGACUAAUGAGUUCAAGUUUGACGGAAGGAUAACGGAUAUUGCAUUGCUUCCAAGGCAGGACGCCGCGUUAGACUAUUUGUUGCUAUGCACUGCGGUGGCUAAGAUUUCAAUUGUGAAAUUCGAUCUUGAAAGCAAUUCAAUUGAAACUGUAAGUUUACAUUACUAUGAGGACAAGUUUAAGGAUCUAUCGUUGGCAGAACUUACUAGAGAAUCAAAAUUGAGGCUGGAUCCUGCAAGCAGGUGCCUCGUAUUGUUCAAUGAAGAUAAUAUUGCAGUUUUACCAUUUGUAAUGAAAGAAGACGAGGAAGACGAUGAUGAAGAAGGCGAAGAAGAAGAUGAAGAUACGUAUGAGCCUAGGAUAAAACGAUUUAGGGCUAAUAUCAAUGGUAGAGUCACAUUUCCAAGUACAAUUCUCAGCGCCAAGACGAUACAUGAAGACAUUCAGAACAUCAUCGAUAUUGAAUUCUUAAAUAAUUAUUCGAAGCCCACUGUGGCUAUAUUAUACCAACCGAAACUUACAUGGGUAGGUAAUUUACAAUUACACCCUCUACCAACAAAAUUACUUAUCGUUACCCUGGAAUGUAACACCAACGGUUUUGAAACUUCACUUUCGCAUAUCGUCAUUGCAAGAUUAAAUGAAUUACCCUGGGAUUGGCAUAGACUUAUCCCUGUUACAAAUGGUAUUGUGAUAGUUGGGAUCAACGAGUUGGCAUAUGUUGACAAUACUGGUGUUUUACAGACUGUUAUCUUGUUAAAUUCUUUUGCAGAUAGAAAUUUGAAGAAAUCGAGAAUCAUCGACCAUUCCAAGGAAGAAAGCGUAUUCAAUCAUUCUGCCAUGAAACACAUUUGCAUACUCAAAACAACCGAUGGCAACGAAGAUGAUGCAGAUUUAUUGCUACUGAUGGAUGAUCGUUCAAAUUUAUACUACGUACAAAUGAUUUCAGAAGGUAGAUUGAUGACUCAGUUCGAUAUCAUAAAAUUACCAAUAAUUAAUAACAUAUUUAUUAAUAAUUUGAAUCCUACAUCCAUUUCACGACUUGACAGCUCAUCCUCUAGGGUGAACCUAGAUCUAUUCUUUGGUUUCCAAUCUGGAGAUGCAUUUGUUUGUAGAUUAAAUAAUAUCAAGUCUGCAGUAGAAACUAGAAAGGAACAUAAGGACGUGUUAGAUUAUCCAUCAAAUGCGGAUGAGUAUGAUGAAGACGGUGCAGACUUGUAUGGUGAUGACGAUUUAUACUCUGAUGAAGCUACUUCUACGCAACGUGCAAACAGUAAAGAGAAUGGACGUUCGAAUAUGAUUGAAACAGUAGAACCCUUUGACAUUGCACUUUUGUCUUCGUUAAAUAAUAUAGGUCCACUUACAUCAUUGACUUCAGGUAAGGUAUCUGCCGUAGAUCAAAAUAAUAAAGGUUUGUCCAACCCAAAUAAUAAUGAACUAUCGAUUGUUGCCACUUCAGGGAAUGGUACAGGAUCUCAUUUAACUGCAGUGCUUCCAAGCGUUAGGCCAGAAAUUGAGCUAGCUUUGAAAUUUAUUAGCAUAACACAAAUAUGGAAUUUGAAAUUCAAAGGAAAAGAUAAAUUCUUAGUCACAACAGAUUCAACAAAAUCAAAGAGUGACAUAUAUGAAAUUGACAACAACUUUGCGCUUCACAGAGAAGGUCGUUUAAGGAGGGAUGCCACUACUGUGUCUAUCGCUAUGUUUGGGUCAGACAAGAGAAUUGUUCAAGUCACUACCAACCACUUAUAUCUUCUUGAUACUACCUUCCGCAGACUCAAUACUAUUAAAUUUGAUUAUGAGGUAGUUCACGUUUCAGUGAUGGAUCCUUAUAUUUUGAUUACCGUAUCCAGAGGUGAUAUUAAAGUCUAUGAAUUAGAACAAACUCAAAUGAAAAAACUAUUCAAAGUGGAUCUUCCAGAAAUCUUAAAAGAAAUCGUUGUUACAUCCGGUCUUAUUUUAAGAAGUAACAUGUGCAAUGAAUUCCUACAAAAGAGUCCAGAAGAAGAAGAGCUACUUUUCACAUUUGUUACAGCGGAUAACCAGAUUAUUUUCUUUCCUAAGGACCACAAUGACAGAGUUUUCCAAUUAAAUGGUGUCAGUGAUUUAAAAGAAAAGUUAUUCAUAAGUACUUAUCAAUUACCAGAUGAAAUUAUACCAGAUCCAUCAAUAAAGCAGGUUAUGAUAAACAAGUUAGGUCAUAAUUUCAGGGAAGAAUAUUUAACAAUUCUAACAUAUGGUGGUGAGAUUUAUCAAUACAAAAAAUCCUCUACUAGACAUAGCCGGUUCUACAAAAACUUAUAUAGGAAUAAUUUGCUCAUAACAGGUGCACCUAAUAAUGCGUAUGCCAAAGGUGUAAGUUCGAUUGAAAGAAUAAUGCAUUUUGUCCCAAAUUACAACGAUUACUCUGUUAUAUUUGUUACAGGAAGCGUGCCAUACAUUAUUAUCAAAGAAGAUGAUGCCACCUCAAGAGUAUUCAGAUUUGCUAAUAUUCCACUAGUCUCUAUGUCAGGUUGGGGAAAAAAAUCUGUGAUGUGUGUGGAUGAUAUCAAAAAUGCGAGGGUUUAUACCUUGGAUCAUAAAGACAUUUACUAUGGUAAUAAGUUCCCACUUAAAUCGAUUAAAAUCAAUACAGAAUUAGAGGAUUAUAUGACAUUUAAUAAAAUUACAUAUCAUGAGAAAACACAAACUUACGUUAUCGCUUAUAAUAAAGAAAUUGAUUAUGUAGCGAAGGCCGAAGAUGGUGAACUUCUUGUAGGCUAUAAACAAAAUGUACCACACGCUAAAGGUUUCCAAAGUGGGUUACUACUAAUCAAUCCAAAAAGUUGGAAUGUUAUAGACAAAGUUGAAUUUGAAGAGAAUUCGCUUGUUAAUGAUAUACGAUCAAUGAUAAUACAAAUAGAUUCCAGAACCAAGCGCAAAAGAGAGUAUAUUGUUGCUGGUUUUUCUGCCGUCGGUACAGAAGAUUUACCACCCUCUGGUUCCUUCCAUUUAUAUGACAUUACUGCAGUGGUUCCUGAGCCAGGAAAACCAGAUACAAAUUAUAAAUUUGAAAGAUUUUUCAAGGAAGAAGUAAGAGGUUCAGUUACUUCAGUUUGUGAAAUCAGUGGUAGGUUUGCCAUUAGUCAAAGUCAGAAGAUUAUGGUCCGUGAUGCCCAGGAGGAUGGUUCUGUGGUCCCUGUUGCAUUUCUGGAUAUACCUAUUUUUGUCACUGAUAUGAAAAGUUUUGGUAACCUCAUGAUUAUAAGUGACGCAAUGCAUGGAUUUCAAUUUGUUGGUUUUGAUGCAGAACCAUAUAGGAUGAUACAACUGGGUAAAAGUGUUUCCAAAUUCAAAACUAUGUCAGUUGAAUUCCUCGUCAAUAAUGGUGAUAUAUAUUUCGCGGUUACUGAUAGAGAUAAUAUUUUGCAUGUUUUAAAAUAUGCACCAGAUGAACCAAACUCAUUUUCGGGGCAAAAGUUGGUUCACUGUUCCAGCUUUAAUUUGUACGCUGAUAAUUCUUGCAUGGUUUUACUUGCUAAAAAUGAUGAGUUCAAUAAGGUGGACGAUACAAAUAGAACAUAUCAAGUAGUAGGUGGUCAAACAGAUGGUUCGAUGUUCAAAAUUGUUCCUUUGUCGGAAGAAAGUUACAGGAGGCUUUAUGUGAUCCAGCAGCAGAUAAUCGAUAAAGAAACUCAACUUGGUGGGUUGAACCCAAGAAUGGAAAGAUUAUCAAACCAAUAUUUACCCUUAUGUCAUGUAAUGCGUCCAAUGCUCGAUUUCAAUGUAAUAAGAAAGUUCAGUGCCAUGCCAAUUUCAAAAAGACAAGCACUAGCCCAAAAAUUGGGUAGAAAUGUUCAUUUUGAGGCCUGGAGAGACCUGAUAAAUAUUGAGUAUUCUCUAAGGUCACUUCGUGAUGAUACUAAUAUAUAG